AGUUGAAUAAUGUGGCAGCUCAUACAAUUCAUCAACCUACCUACCACAUAAUUUAUUUAUUUUUUGAGGCAAUCAUCUUACCACAUGCUUAACAUCUCCACCACUUACCACACAUAAUAUCUAUAUCAUAUCCUAUAAUAAGUACUAUACUAAGUCAUAAAUUGCUUACAAUAUAACACAAUCCAAGAUCCCCUUUUAAAACUCAAUCAUACACAAAACCAUGUCAAACAAAUUUACCAAUAUUGCAACCUUUAGCCUUGUAUUAUGGCUUUUCAUGGCCAUAACAACAUUAGCUCAAUCUGAAGAUGAAAUAGUUCUUGACACAAAAGGUCACCCUAUUGAUAGCCGCAACAAAUAUUACAUAAAACCAGCUAUAACUGAUAGUGGAGGUGUUUUCACUUUGAUAAAUAGAAAUGGUUCAUGCCCUUUAUAUGUAGGUCAAGAAAACACUGAUCUUGAUGAUGGAUUACCUGUUAUUUUCACUCCUUUUGCAAAACAAGAUAGAGGUGUUAAGGUCAAUAGUGACUUUAAGGUAAGAUUUUCAGCUUCCUCAAUUUGUGUACAAUCUACUGAAUGGAAAGUUGGUGAUAGAGAUAGUAAGAGUGGUAGGAGGGUAGUUAUUACCGGUAGUGAUGACGGUUAUGGUAGUUAUUUUAGAAUUGUGAAUACUCAAUUUAACGGUGUUUAUAAUAUCGAGUUUUGUCCUACGGAGGCGUGUCCUUUGUGUAGGUUUGAUUGUGGGACUAUUGGUAGGUUUGUUGAGAAUGGAAAGAUUUUGUUGGCUUUGGAUGGUACCGCGCUCCCGGUUGUGUUUCAGAGAUCAUUUGUUUGUAAGGAUAAUCCUACAAAGUCGGCCGAUAUAUGAAAAUCGCCUAAAACACCGGUGAUGAUGUCGCUCUUCAGACAUUAAAGAUAAUGUAAGGUUGUCCUCGUGACCGAGACAAUGGCCUGGUGAUUGUUGGUUUGAUAAAAAUUAAGGAAAAACAAGUUAGUUUUUCUCUUUUAUUUAAACCGACACUAACUCGACUAUUGUCUCAAAAGUCACAAUAAAGAGGACCGUAAACUUCUACUUCCGAGAUCAACAUUAGUUAUGGUUGAACAAUGAAUAUCGACCGAAUGGUCUAUCUUGCUUGUAUUUGUAGCUUCUAUUUAAGUUUAUGUUUGUAAUGUAUACUUGUAUUUUUAUUCUUCUAAUAGCUUGUUAAUAGUUGGAGCUACCCAUAUUAAUUAUAUAAUUUAGCUCCAAAAUGUAAUGUAUGAAACUUUAGUUUUACUGUUUUGUUAGCAAAAGUAUUCAUGCGCGCUACUGUAUAGACUAAUGUUAGCAAGAUUGGUUAUCUGUGUAAUUAAAAAAAAAAGCUUCUCUGUAUGUGUGAUUCGUAGUGGUAUUUACAAUGAACAAAUUUUACUAAA